UUUUAUAAAUAGAAGACCUACUUUUAAAUAAUAUAUAAUCGAUUUUAUUUUUGUCCCUUCUUUUCUCGUGAUAUAUCAACUUUUUCUUAUGCGAGGUAUAGCGGCAUAAACUUUUGCACCUUACUGUAAAAUGAGCGCAAAUAUUGAAAAUAAAAAAUUUAAAAAUAAUUACAAUAUUCAUUCAACAAAGGAUUCUUUAUUAAGCAAAAAUUCAGAAUGGAAGGAUUUUAGUGGAAUUCGAAAUUAUUUUAUUUUUUUGGUGGUUAUUUUAAUUCUUCAAAAUAUUUUGGAAAGUUCACUCAAUAAUGGAAUACUAGACACACUUCAAUAUAUUUAUAUUAGUUUAUGGAAUACUUCAAUUCAGGCCAAAGACAGUUUUUUGCUUCUGUUAUGCUCUAAUUUAACAAUUUUGAGUGUUUACUUUUUGGAGCUUUUCCUUUCAAAGAAAUGGAUACCGUUUAAAUUGGCUAUUUUACUUUAUUUGGUGGUUUUGGUUAUACAUUUACUUUUGCCUGUUUUUGUAUUAUUCAAAACAAAAGACAAUUUCUUUUUUGUGACUUUUUCGGUGGCCUGUUUAGUUACUGAAGGAAUGAAAUUAUUCUCUUAUGCUCACGUUAAUUAUUGUUGUCGGCACUUGUUAUUAGCUAGAGAGAAUAAAUGUGAUGAUAAGCUACUAGCUGAAGAAGAUAUUCAAGAUGACUGUAUAAAGGAGGAAUUACCUGAAAAAGAAGAAGAAAAUGUUAACGAAAAUAUUUGUAACAACGAAAACAAAGAAAUUAAAGAAGACGAAUCUCCACAGGACAACAAUGCUGUCACUAACCAAACUCCGAUAGACAACAAAUUAUCACCAUUUAUUUUGAAAAUUUCAGAAGAACAUUUAAAAUUAUAUCCACAGAAUUUAACUAUCAAAAAUUUGUAUUAUUUCAUUAUGGCGCCAACUCUUUGUUAUGAAUUGGAAUAUCCAGUUAUUCCAAAGAGGCGGUGGUCUUUAAUUCUUAAUCAUUUAAUUGAGGUAAAGUUUGAAACUGUGCACAGUAAUGAUUCUCGAGACAUAUGGGUUUUAAUUUUGAAGUGUUUAAACAUUCUUAUAAAUCAGCCUAAACAAAAAAGAGAUAUGUAUUUAUGUUUAUUGCCAGAUAGUCCUUCAGUUAAAUGUCCUCCUUCCCUUUCUGAAACUAUACCAUCAACUAAUUGA